UCACACAGUGUUGAUUGUUGAAACGACGCCAAUGAAAAACACAUUUUUGGUGAAAAAUAAGUGAAAAUGAGUGGCCCGAACGGGAUGUUGUAUGGUGGCGAUGAAAUAGGCGCAUUAGUGUUCGAUCCUGGCCAUCAUUCCUUGCGAGUUGGUUACGCACAGGAAGAUACUCCAAAAGCAGAUAUUCCGGCGGUUAUUGGUGUAGGACCGGCUACUCAUAUACCUGAUGCCGAAGAAAAGGUUCCUGAUGGCACUGUUACACAGAGCGCGUCGAAAACAAACGAGCUACGCUACUACAUAGACGUCACUGAGUUACAUGUGCCCCGGCCACACAUGGAGGUGCAGACGUACAUGAAGGACGGACAGAUUGACAACUGGGAUCUGUUCGAAAAGAUGCUGGAUUAUUGUUAUAAUAAGGUAAUCCGUUCCCCAUCAGAGCACCACCCAGCGUUAUUCACAGAAGCAGUAUGGACAACUCGGCCAGCUCGAGAGAAAUUAGCCGAACUGUUGUUUGAGAAGUAUCAAGCGCCAGCAUUCUUUCUGGUCAAGAAUGCGGUGUUAGCUGCGUUCGCUAAUGGGAAGUCGACAGCGUUGGUUGUUGAUGCAGGGGCUAGUCAGACUUCAGCAGUGCCUGUUAUUGACGGAUACGCGUUAGCAAGUGCCGCAGUUCGUUCGCCAAUAGGUGGGGACCAUUUGGCAGCUCAAGCUAAAAUCAUGUUGAACAACAUGCACAUACAGAUGUUACCCAUUUAUAGUAUACAGAGCAAAGAGGUGAUAAGAGAGAGAGAGAGAGCGCGAUACACACUCAAGACGUUGCCAGCUGGUCUCACACAAUCAUGGCAGCAAUAUAUGCUGAAGCGACAAUAUGAAGAUUUUGUGCAUUGUGUAGCUCAGGUAUCCGAGUCCCCGUACGACGAGAGAACGGCUGCGGCCGUGCCCGGGGUGCACUACGAGUUCCCCGGGGGAUACCAUCAGGACUUUGGUCCCGAACGGUUUAAAUUGACUGAAUGUCUGUUCGAUCCAACCCUGGGAGCUGCUCAUUUGGUGUGCGCGGCGGUGGGCGCGUGCGACGCGGACGCGCGCGUGGCGCUGUGGGGCGGCGUGGUGGCGUGCGGCGGGGCGGGCGGCGCGGGCUGGCUCGAGCGCCUCGCGCGGGACCUCGCCGCGCGCGCGCCCUCCUCGCACCGCCUCAAGACCAGCGCCGCGCCGCAGCACAGCGAGCGACGCUUCGCCGCCUGGAUCGGUGGUUCGAUAUUGGCGUCAAUCGGCUCCUUCCAGCAGAUGUGGAUCUCGUCACAAGAAUAUGAUGAAGGGGGCAAAGGUCAAUUGGAAAGAAAAUGUCCCUAGUAUUAUAAUAAAAUAGUUUUUAACUACCUGUGUUUUAUUUGUAUGUGAAUGUGUAUAAACUAUUGAGUUUGUGAUCAACUUGAAAUAAAUGCGAAUUUUCAUAUGUAGGUUAUUUUGGAUUAACAUUUGGUAUAAUAAAAUUAUUUGAUACAAGUUA